AGCUGGGUGGAGGGGGAAACGCCGAAGGAGAAGCGGCGGAGGGCGGGAUCCGCCGAGGGAGGAGCGCGGAGCCCGGAGGAGGGCGGAGGAAGGUCUGCCCCGGCGCGGCCACAGACCCGACGGGCUCCCAGGGACUGCCGGCCCGGCCGGAACUGCAGCGGCCGCGCGGGAAUGGGCCGCCCCGCGACCUGACGCCGCCGCUCCGCCGGAGCCAUGGACGGGGACGCCAUCUGCAGCGCGCUGCCUCCCAUCCCCUACCACAAGCUCGCCGACCUGCACUACCUCAGCCGCGGCGCCUCGGGCACCGUGUCGUCGGCACGCCACGCGGACUGGCGCGUGCGGGUGGCCGUGAAGCACCUGCACAUCCACACGCCGCUGCUGGACAGUGAAAGAAAUGAUAUCUUACGAGAAGCUGAAAUACUACAUAAAGCUAGAUUUAGUUACAUUCUUCCAAUUUUGGGAAUUUGCAAUGAGCCUGAAUUUUUGGGCAUAGUUACUGAAUAUAUGCCAAAUGGAUCAUUAAAUGAACUUCUACAUAGAAAAACGGAGUAUCCUGAAGUUGCAUGGCCGUUGAGAUUCCGCAUCCUGCAUGAAAUCGCCCUUGGUGUGAAUUACCUGCACAAUAUGAAUCCCCCUCUCCUUCAUCACGACUUGAAGACUCAGAAUAUCUUGUUGGAUAAUGAAUUUCAUGUCAAGAUUGCAGAUUUUGGUUUAUCAAAAUGGCGCAUGAUGUCGCUCUCUCAAUCACGAAGUAGCAAAUCUGCCCCCGAAGGAGGAACAAUCAUCUAUAUGCCGCCUGAGAACUAUGAACCUGGACAGAAGUCGAGGGCCAGCGUGAAGCACGACAUAUACAGCUAUGCAAUUAUCAUGUGGGAAGUCUUAUCAAGAAAGCAGCCUUUUGAAGAGGUGACCAACCCUUUGCAGAUCAUGUACAGUGUGUCCCAGGGACGUCGGCCUGACACGAGCAAGGAGAGCCUGCCGCUUGAUAUUCCUCAUCGCGGUCUCAUGGUCUCUCUGAUACAGAGCGGCUGGGCACAAAACCCAGAUGAAAGGCCGUCUUUCUUGAAAUGUUUAAUAGAACUUGAACCAGUUCUAAGGACGUUUGAAGACAUAACUUUUCUUGAAGCUGUUAUUCAGUUAAAAAAAACAAAGAUACAGAGUGCCUCCAGUACUAUUCACCUCUGUGAUAAGAAAAAGGAUUUAUCGUUGAACCUUCCUGCAAACCAUCCUCCACAAGAGGAAUCAUGUGGAUCCUCUCUGCUCUCCAGAAACACUGGCUCUCCUGGAACCUCCCGGUCCCUGUCAGCUCCUCAAGACAAAGAUUUUUUGUCUGGACUAUCUGGUGAGUGCUCUACCCUAAUCAAAUGUCCUGUAGGAGGACCUCAGGACUGCUCUUCACUGAAGCUGCAUCACUGCCCUGGGAGCCACAGCUGGGAUGGCACCGUUUCUGCCUCACAAAGGGCAGCCGUCUGUGAGCACAGACCCACCCUGUGCUCUCUGGCUGUAAUAAGUCCACUGCUGGCUGAGAAAAGUGCAGAGCGCCUCCAGCCUGGUAUAGCCCAGCAGUGGAUCCAGAGCAAGAGGGAAGACAUUGUGAGCCAGAUGACUGAGGCCUGCCUUAACCAAUCACUGGAUGCCCUUCUGUCCCGGGACUUGAUCAUGAAGGAGGACUAUGAACUCAUUUGUACCAAACCAACAAGGACCUCAAAAGUCAGACAGUUACUAGACACCAGUGACAUCCAAGGAGAAGAAUUCGCCAGAGUUAUAGUACAGAAGUUGAAAGACAACAAGCAAAUGGGACUCCAGCCUUACCCCGAACUGCCUGUGGUUUCCAGAACACCAGCAUCAAAUUUCCUUCAAAAUAAAAGCUUGUGAGUGAGUGUUUGAGAGGAAAGUCAGUUUACAAAUGGUUAUUUAUAUGUCUGUUACCUGGAUAAUAUUUGUAUAAAUACAUAAGUGUAUUGGACGCUUCACUGAAGGUUUUUUGGAAGAGAUGAGUAUGUCUCCUUCCAUGACAUUGAAGUAUUUUUUUAAAUUAAUAUAAACUUUUGCAUUA